CUCAAUAAACGAUGCAUAAUAUUUCAGAUAACCCAAACUAAGAAAAGUUUCCCCUUUGGUACUGCAGUAGCAAGUGAUGAAUAUCUUUAUGGACAUCAACAGUAUCGAGAUUUCCUAAAUAAACACUUUAAUUGGGGAACAUUGGAAGGCGCAUUGAAAUGGCCAGCUAACGAAAACGUCCGGGGCCAUCUGACCUAUGAUCUACCUAUGAAAACUAUAGCUGAAUUAAGAAAACAUGGAAUCAAAGUCCGAGCUCACAAUAUCAUUUGGUCAGUUCCUACCUUUAUCCAGAAUUGGGUAAAAGCAUUGUCUGGUUCUGCUUUACGUCAAGCUGUUUCUAAUAGAAUACAUAGUGUGAUGAAUGAAGUCAAAGGAUUAGUAGAACAUUGGGAUGUUAACAAUGAAAAUCUACAUGCCCAAUGGUUUCAAGACCGCCUACACGAUGGUCAGUAUAAUCUGGAAGUUUUUAGACUCGCUCAUCAAACUGAUCCAAAAGUUCAUCUGUUUUUGAAUGAAUAUGAUGUAGUAGCUAGAGGAGCUUAUACUCAGGCAUAUAAAAAUCAAGCCGAUCAUUUUAAAGCCAGUAAUACAGGUAUCUAUGGUAUAGGUGUCCAAGGUCAUUUUACAGACGAAAUGCCACCUGAUCCAACACUGAUUAAGGCUCGUUUAGAUGUCCUAGCUCAAACAGGAUUACCAAUCUGGAUUACAGAGCUGGAUGUUAUGGCAGCCGAUGAAAAUAAACGAGCACAGUUUUAUGAAACAGCACUGAGAAGUCUGUAUGGUCAUCCUGCUGUGAAGGGCAUUGUUUUCUGGGGUUUCUGGAGUAAGAGACACUGGAGGGGUGAUAAAGGUGCCAUGGUUAAUGCCGAUUUUUCUGUAAACGCAGCAGGAAGGAAGGUUAUUGACCUUCUUGAGAAUCAAUGGAUGACCCACGAAACAAGAAGUUUGUCAAAAUCUGGAGAUAAUUAUUUUACUGUGCAUGGUUUCCAUGGUGAUUAUCAAGUCAAGGUCAUAUACCAAGGUCAUGAAAUACAGGAUCAGAGGAAAAGUUUUACACUUGGCUCAUCACCUUAUAGUAUUAACGUUCAUGUUCAUAAAUAA